AUAGAUCUCAUGAAGAGAUGCUGGUCAUCGUCAAGGCCCCGUUGGAAGGAAGGAAACACUCGUUGCGGCCUGGACAGUCACAGUGGACACCCUCCUUCAAACGUUAUAUAGUCUAGUGUUUUUGGGGCUGAUCCUUCAGAUAUGGCGACAUUCUUUGGGGAGGUGAGGUACUUGGUGUCCAGGGCUUACGACGAGGCAGAUGACGACGAUGAAACCCCAGGCAUAACAUAUGAUGUGCAGCUGGAGUUGAGGGAGGGAGGCCAAGACAAGCUGGGUACUGUGGAGGCUCUGCUCAUAUCACAUGGAACUCUAGUAACUGAUUUCUGUGAGACACUAUUGCUAAGUGACCAAUGUCAGGAGGUGGGGAGUGUGUUAGUGAAGGCCCAGAGCAGCUCCACCCUCCACCCACACAAGCCGAUCCCCUCACCCCUGCUCCUCACCCCCACCUCCCUCCUAGUGUGUUGUGUCAGCAAGGAUGUAACUGCUGCUUCUGCCUCAAAGUUUGCACAAAAGCUGCUGUCCUUAAUCAAGCCAUCAUGUGUGAUGAUGGUACUAUCCUCAUACCACUAUGAUGCACUGAAAGGCAGUUACAGACCUCAAGGUGAAGACAACUGUGUAGUUCACUCCCUAUGCUCCUCUGCCUUCCCUCACACCCCUAUGUACCCUCAGCUGCCACAGCCUGCCAUCCUGGACUCAGUUCCUGCAGCAGUCAUGACAGAGUGUGUGGUAGGCCAGCGCCCAUGUGUGGUGUACCCAGUGUUCACAGAGACCUACUCAACUGGGGACCUGGACCUGGUGGCUGGUGCCCUGCAGAGGGUCUUUCAGGGAAAACCUUUCCAUGAACUUGUGUCUGCAAGUUUAGACUCCAAGAAACUUCACCAGUACCGCACCAGUAACCCUCGUAGGGAGAAUAUGGAUCUCUACCUUUGAGCUGGAUAAAAAUGCCAUUAUUGCAAUGUUGUAUUCAUAUGUAUCUUGCAAAGAAAUGGUUUGUGUA